UCGCUCCAGCUCUCAUGUUCAGCUUUUUAUACCGCCCCAUCAUUGUGUUUUUCGUCACAGCUGAGGUUGAUAUAUCAGAGGAGGAAAUAGACUCUGUCCCGACAGAGAUGACUCGUGGUCGCCUUCAGUGCUCGAGCUGCGUACGGUUGUAUGCUGAUGAUGUGGGUCUCCCUCCAUGAUGUGGAGGCGUUCAACUCUCCAACUGUCAUCCAUAAAAAAGUUGGAGACACCGUGGAGUUUUCGCCACGCUCACCAACUCAAGGGGUCACCUCAGCAUCUUGGAAAUAUAACAGUGAAAUAGUUGCAAACAAGGUUUCAGAUAAAAACGAAAUAACUGAAGAUGCUCAGUUCAAGGACAGAUUAAGCAUAAACUCAUCCUUUAGUUUAACAGUGACAAGACUCACUCUUCAGGAUAGUGGUAACUUCAGUUUUGUCUCAGAGGUGAAUGACGUGCAACAGAAAACAAUCCACUUCACUCUUCUAGUUCAUGAGACCAUAACUAGUGCUGUCGUGAAUGUCAGCUCCGACUGGCAUGCUUUAAACGAAUCCUGUAUAGUUUUGCUGGCGUGCAACGGAAGCUCUGAAAGCAUUGUCACCUACCAGUGGACCGUGGGGAACCAGACCCGAAAUGGCUCCCGGAUGCAGUACAACCUCAGGCCGGAGGACGGAGAAAUCGAAUUCAACUGCACAGUUUUUGGUUUUGACAGUAAGAUGUCACAAUCCAAAACAGUGACGUGUACACCUGAGUCCAUAAAAACAGAUGUGGAGGCGUUCAACUCUCCAACUGUCAUCCAUAAAAAAGUUGGAGACCCCGUGGAGUUUUCGCCACGCUCACGAACUCAAGGGGUCACCUCAGCAUCUUGGAAAUAUAACAGUGAAAUAGUUGCAAACAAGGUUUCAGAUAAAACUGAAAUAACUGAAAAUGCUCAGUUCAAGGACAGAUUAAGCAUAAACCCCACAAACUUUAGUUUAACAAUAACAAGACUCACUCUUCAGGAUAGUGGUAACUUCAGUUUUGUCUCAGAGGUGAAUGACGUGCAACAGAAAACAAUCCACUUCACUCUUCUAGUUCAUGAGACCAUAACUAGUGCUGUCGUGAAUGUCAGCUCCGACUGGAAUGCUUUAAACGAAUCCUGUAUAGUUUUGCUGGCGUGCAACGGAAGCUCUGAAAGCAUUGUCACCUACCAGUGGACCGUGGGGAACCAGACCCGAAAUGGCUCCCGGAUGCAGUACAACCUCAGGCCGGAGGACGGAGAAAUCGAAUUCAACUGCACAGUUUUUGGUUUUGACAGUAAGAUGUCACAAUCCAAAACAGUGACGUGUACACCUGAGUCCGAAAAAACAGAGCUACAAACCCUGUUCUUGUUCCUGAGUGUUGCAGCAGGAGGUUGUUUGUUUGUCAUCGUAGCCAUAUUUAUUGGUGUACGUCACUACAAACAAAGACAAGCUGUCAAUGACUCAGAUGACCUCACCGUGUACGCUGAUAUUUCUGAUCUUGUGAAUGACGAUAAGAUACCAAACACCAUGAAGCCAUGCUCGGUGUAUGAAACCAUUGAUAACACAGUCAACACACUCACACCAGGGCCCCAGACUGUGUACGACAAGAUUCAAUUUAAUCGUGUGAGGAAAGCGCCGGUGUCACGCUAGCAAGAAAUGUAGGGGAUCGCAACGUAUAAUUUGGCGUUGGAACUUCCUAUGCUGAAAAGUUCGAGUAAAAACGAAAAGGAUACUUUGCUUAAAGAAACAUUUGGAAGGCACAGCUCGAAAACAAAUGUGAGGCUAGUAUGAUAAAGGAAAGGUGCAACAUUCUCCAAAGACCAAAAUAAGAGUUGAAGACUCAAAUAUCGUGCUUUUGUACAUUUUUGGCCCAGAGAGGGCACCGCACCUCUCGUUUGUCAUAUUAGAAAUGCAGUAUUUUUUAUUGUAAAUUAUGUAAAUACAGAGAUUAUAUUUUUUGUAUGUCUUCUCAUCCUGUACAAAGGUGGCCAUAUUACAUUGCAUUUCCAUAACUGUAAUUGUGUAUUUGUGCUUUAUCAUAUUUUGCCGUCAUGUCAUCAUUUUAAUUAACUAGUAGCCGAUUUCUUUCUCUACAUUUCAGCUUUAUAAAUAGCUUUUGCAGCUUAAAUAUCAGUACCUGCGUAAUAAAUUCUUUACUGUACUCUAUUUUAAUGCAAUGAGAGCAUUAGAUGCAUACAAAAUGUUGACAUGAUUAGUGCAGCUUACAUUUUUUCAAUGACCAUCCAUCAAGCUCCAAUAAUAUUGGUUUUUGUUAGCCUCAACGGUGUCCAGCCAGGUGGACAGGCCUCGCUGACGCGGCUCAGGCCUAAUUUAUUUAUAGCAAAAUAUUUUGGUCCAACAUGAUGUCAUUGGAAGGAAAACCAGAUUAAGCAUUACACCACAGUAGGCAUUACUUCACCAAUGGACUGACAGUUCUGUUGAGCACAGAGUAAAACAGAAACUGGUGGAGAUCACAGACUGAGGGGCAAAAUUUGGGCUUUCACGCAGUCCUGUUACAGGCAGCUGAAAAAUCCUGGCUGGAAUGGCAGUGUGUAGGUCAUUGGUGUGAAUGUCCGUGUGGCUGGGCUAUGCCUCUCUCCUCACUGCAUAGGCAUUUAAGGUGAGGAGCGCACAAAUUAAUUGGGGGGGACAUGUUAACAGAGGUUGAUCAUGUAGUCAGCCGGAUUCACCAAGGUCGCAAGACUUGCGGCGAAACCUUUUGCCGGGUUAAUUCUCUGCCUUCGAAAACAUUGGCUGGGAUAUAAUAAAUGAACACUCUCUGAUUGCCGUGAUGCAAACAAAUCGUGGACUGGGAAUUUUGGUUUGUGCGCAUUAAACUUGAAAUGACAUAUUACCACAGGCUGCAGUUUAUAAUUUGGUUCUUCAUUCAAACAUUUAAGCAGGGCUGGCCCACGCCAUUAGCGGGCCCCAAGCGGAAUUUGAUUUGGGGGGCAUUCAUCAACUUCACCUCUACCUCCACCUGAUCUGUUCUGAGCUGCUGGACCUGCCGCGCUCUCUCUCUCUUCACUGAUUACUGUUCCUUGUGUAUUUUGUGCAUAUUUAUAUUUGUCUCGGUAUAUCACAUCCACUUUUUCGUUUCUCAUGAAGUCGUUUAUUGGUUCCUAGUUCCAUGCUAAAGUUUAUAAUAUAAUAAUUUUCUUGGCAAUAUUUUUGAGAAAUAGCAAUUCGUAGUUUUAGUUUUUAGUUAACUUUUUUCAGUUGGAGUUGUACUGCGGCCAAAGAUUUCGUAAUCAAGAUCACUAUGCUUUCGUUUCCUUUCUGAGCUUAGUGAUCUCACUGAAAUCCCACCACUGAACUGCACGUGUGAGCGCUCCUUUCCUUGUACAGGGUGUCUGGAGGGCGUUGGUUUAAUACAGAUUGAGGCCCCUUGGGAAAUAAUUCAUACUCGACUUCACACAUAACAUCAUAACCUCAUUUACACCACUAUACUCUUACGCAACCACUAAUACAAUAAAUAUAUAUUUAAAUUAUAGUUAAAUAUUUGCAGUGUCUACAUAUCAACUGUAACACUGU